AAUGCACGUUACGUAUAUUAUAUAUUUUCAGUGCUGGUAGUAAACUGGCAGUAAUUUCGGAACAUGGUCAUAGAAGUCUGUGGUUUCAACGCAUGUAAAAAUGUUAUCAUUCAGGCUUAGAUUUAAAGCAAGUCUUCCUCAAAAUUUAUCAAAAAUAUUGAAACUUUUCGCGACACGCUCGAACAUUUUGGAAACGAACAGCAACGAAUCGGAACAAUUUCGCGUACUGGACCUUUACCCACAAACGAAAGUUAUGCAGGAGAAGCGAAAAACACGAAAAACUUCUAUACCACCAUCGAGAGCUACGAAUAUGCCUACCGACCAAGAUUGGCCGUCAGUAUGGCCAGGUGCACGAACCUUUCAUCCUGCUUCAGUACCUUUACCAUUACGUCAAGGAUAUCAGGAAAAGGGUGCGUCACCCAAUAAAUAUGCCAACGCUGAGCUUAUGAAAAUACCAAAUUUCUUACAUUUAACACCGCCGGCAAUUCAGAGGCAUUGCGAAGCGUUGAAACAAUUUUGCACAAAGUGGCCCACAGUUUUGGAAAAUGAAGAAAUAUGUUCGAAACACUUUCCCAUUGAAAUUAUUUCAUCCGAUUAUUGCUACUCUUCGCCCACUAUCAGAGAUCCACUCGCUAGGAUCGUGAAUCUGCAAGUAAAACUAUCCUCGCUUUAUUUAGAUACUCAUGCCAAGGAUAAGUUAUUAAGAUUAUUGGGAAAUAAAUAUAAUCCAGAAACAGAUAUAAUAACAAUUACAGCUGAUAGAUGUCCACUUAGGAAACAGAAUUUAGAAUAUGCUUGGUAUCUUCUCAUGGCAGUGUAUCAUGAAUCUUGGAGAGUAGAGUCUUGGGAAGCUGAGAAAUCUAUAGCAGAUAUGGAAUAUUUCGAUUGGGACACUAGUCAGAGUCGUACGAGUUUAGUAACUCUAUAUACAUGGCCGAUACCGCCAACUGAUUACGAUUAUGAAAUUAUCCCACACGCGACAGAAUAUAAAAUUGCAGUCUCAGAUCUUAUAAACAAUGGUGAAGAUCAAUAUUCAGUUAACAAAUACAAAGAAGCUGUUAAAAAUUUGUUAAAUCUCAAAUGUGACAAUAAAGAGUGAAUCAGAGUAGCAAAACUAA